UCAAAUGACUAUGAAAUCCCUGUUCUGUGGGAAAAGUGGGUUGCUUUGUAUUUUAGUUUUAGUAUAUUAAUGUUAAUAGAAAGGGCAGGGAGUAAUGUCCUGCAGGCCUGACUCAUACAGACUGCAGAGCAACAGGUGUAAAGAUUUCAAAACUAAAUCCAAAAUGAACAUUCUAGGUUUUUCAUAAUUGCUAGGUACUAUGUGCAUGACUGAUUGUAACAGAGGCUAGAGAUCAGAACUUUAAGAGAGUAAGAAGGUUACAUUCCUCUGCCAGAGGAAUUGAGGUAUUUUUUUAAAAUGAAAACUGGUGCAGAUAUGAAAAUGCAAAUGUAAUUUGCAGGCAAGCAGCAUGGCGGGACAAGACAUUUCAGCAUAGCUUUUAUAGCACAAUUUAAAAUGGGGACAAAGCGCCAUCUCAUCAGCGGCUAUUCAGUAAAGACCGGACACGGAUUCCAUAAAGGGAGAGGGGAUGGGGAACAUAAACAGACCUAGCAUUAGAUACAGCAGUACUAGGUCCAUAAACUAGAGGAAAUCUGGUAUCCUCACCACAGUAGGUCCCCUUGUUAUCAGAGAGGGACCAAGCAUUGAAUGGGUAUGGAGAAUAAACUACUCACACACAGAAAUGGCAGCUUUCUAGCUUAUGGUUGAGAUACAAUGGUGGGCAGAGGUGGGGGGGAAGUAUGCAGCACCACAACCCAACCUGUACCUAAUAAAUACAAGGUAAAUAUUUAUUUUGAAAAUAAAAUUCAUUGGUCUCCAGGAUUACAGUUCUUGCAGUUUUCAUGAGUCCAACGUUAAUUUAAAGGUAGUAAAAGGGAAUGGUGACAAAAGAAUUGUACAUAAGUAGACUACUCAAUUUAUAAAUUUGGCCCAACAAUAGGGCAGCUACCCCUCUCUAUACAAAAAAACCCAUGGAAUUUGUAAUGACUAGAAGAAGGCACCCACACAAGAAUAGGAGCUAUAAGAAUCACACCAGAACAUUGGGUAAACCACAAGGAGGACAAGACACUUGUUAUGGGUUUUAAUCAGGCCGCAACUUUAUGGUAUAGAUGUCUGGGACUACACGGCAGAUAAAGUGUACAGUGCAGGCAAAUCCAUGCUUAUUCAAAUCAAUUCUCCGGGGCUUCCACCAGCCCCCCUUUGUUUAAUCCAUGCUUAUUCAAAUCAAUUUUCCGGGGCUUCCACCAGCCCCCCUCUUUGUUUCCAUCCAGGUUCCCCAGGUUCCAUCCAUGGCUUGGACCUUAACAUUCACCAGCCUCAUAAGAGGGUUAAGGAGGGCUAUGAGAACGGGAAGGUGGCUCUAACACAGCUGGUGUAACCAAGUAUCGUUGCUGCAAUGAUGACCACAGCUUAUUUAACACCAAGUCCUCACACUGUUAAACAAUGGCAACUAGAGAGUUUAGGACUCCUUGGAGAAAACACAGUGAAGUCCAGCAAAGUGUCUUCCAGUAAAAUCCAGACCACUGGGAGCUUGAACACAAGGUUCAGCACUUGGACACCUAUCGCAAACAAAUCAUUCAACAAGCAGCUCUUUCAGGAAAGAGUUAGUCUCAUAAGCCAUUGGUUUGAUCUGUGGACAGACAAGCAGCGCAAACAAUUCCUCCACACAAUGUUGAUGAGAUGCAGUAAAUCACAACUGAAGUUUACCCAAAACUGGUUUGCAGAGAGGAUUCCAGUGACCAAAGUGGAUUUCACCAAAGUGCUGCCACGUUUCAUAUCUCUGUACAUCUUCUCCUUUCUCAGCCCCAGGGAGUUGUGUGCAGCUGCCCAAGUCAACUGGCACUGGAAGUUUAUAACUGAACAGGACUGUUUGUGGGUGCCAAAGUGUGUUAAGUUCGGAUGGUUCCUGCCCUACACUCCAGCAGACUGCGAAUAUAGCGCGUGGAAGCGACAUUAUAUUGCCUGUGCCACCAGCUUGGAUUACUUCACCCCAAGAGAGGCCACUGAAAUCUAUGGGACCCUCAAUGAAGCAAAAGCUGAACAUGAGGAGCAGGAAGAAAGGCUAAGAGAAAAAUGGCUACGGAAAAUGAUUCGAGGGAGAUUAGCGUUACACAAGAAGGAGUUAUUCAAAGCUCGACCGCCUUGGAUGAGUGGUACUUGGAGCUCGAGAUUUUUAAAAUCGCGAUUCCUGCCAAGUCAGGCCCAGACGAUCCAGGACCGAGCUAGACUACAGGCAGCUUUGCAACUAAUUAGGGAAAAGAGUGCUCUUUCGAAUCAUACUCUUUCAAUGCUGCUUUCUGAAGAAAUGAAACCUGUAGCAAACUUUAAUCUAGCAGCAGAGAAACAGCUUGUUUUGGCCUCCCUAAAAACUUUGCCCAAGAGAAAGAAUGUGACUGGAAGAAGAUCCUACCCUGUGUUACCUUACAAACACUGUCAGUGUGUCUACCAAAAACACAGCAAUUUUGCAUAUCCACUUGAGCCAUAUCUGGUUUUGAUAUCAUCCAGGAUUCCUGCAUAUGAGAUGGUGCUGGACAGCAUCAAACCUGGGGUGAUUCCUGUGUUGUAUGAACAUUGCGGAAUGACAUUGGAAAGCCUCCUUUUUUACAUAGAAAAGGCUCUGGAUGGCCGAAAAGCAAAGAGUAUAGGGAUUUUUAGCGAUGGAGACUCCAGAGAGAUCAAUUUACUUCAAGGCUGCAGAAUCAGUAUUGAGAACAUUCUGAGCCCUGAAGUGAGAGAAUUUUGGGAGAAGCUAGGUUGUGUCAUGUCUCCAGAGGAAGGUGGUCAUGUGGACAUCUUUGUUCCCCUGGCAGCAUCAGAGGCAGGGAUGGAAGUCCUUUCCCAGCUGACUCAGCUAACUGGUGUGCUCUUCAGAACCCCUACAGGAAUUGCAACUGGAUCUUAUCAGCACAUCCUUAGUGAAUGGCUGGGAAAACAGAAGGAUGGACCUCCCACCUCCACCUACUUCACUGAAGUAAAACUACAGACGUGGCUCAGACUGACAGAGCUCCUGGAGGAGGCACUGAAAUCCAUCCGGAAGCAGAUGCAACCAUAUUUAAGUGAGCUGCAGAAGAGUAUUAGUGGCCGGAUUAUUGGUCAGUUUAUGUUUGAUGCCAUGAGCAGAGCUAAAGUACAUACUAAUAGAGAAACAGCCCAGACUUUCACUGAUGGAUUAGCUGAACUGUCAAAAAGAAGCUAUGAGGAUGCAAAAGAGGCUGCCACCCUGAGCCAAAAGCCUAACUGCAGCAUCAGAGCAAAUGAGCCAACAUUUGAGGCAGUGGCUCAGUUGGAUAAAAAACUUGAGAAGGACACCGCAGACGGACGAACUAAAUUUGCCAGGGAGCUGCUGACAAGUGAGAAGAACUAUGUACGCAUACUGAAAACUGUGAGAGAUGUUUAUGUUACACCACUGAAAGCAGCAUUAGCAUCAAAUCGAGCCAUCCUAAGUCAUGCUAAUGUUCAAAUCAUCUUCUCUGAUAUCUUGGAUGCCUUACAACUCAAUAGGCAGUUUUUAAAUGAGCUGACAGAAAGACUUCAAGAAUGGAGUCCAUCCCAGUGCUUGGGUGAAAUAUUCACUCAAUUUGGCUGGCAGCUUCAAACAUACACAAACUUCUUCAACAACUACAGUGUCAUUCUGAAAACCAUUGAUAUGUGCAGAGAGACCAUUCCUUUAUUCCGUGCCUUCCUGAAAAGACAUGAUAAAACUGUCGUUACGAACAUGAUGAGCCUACAGGAGCUGCUGCUAUUCCCUUCUAAAAGGUUUGAAGAGUAUCUUAAUCUUCUUUAUGCUCUGAGACUGCACACUCCUUCAGAACACGCUGACCGUGAAGAUUUGACUGCCGCAGUCAAGAUGAUGAAACAAUACAAGGAAUACAUAGAUCAGCUAAAACUAAACAUGAGCAAAGAUGAGCAAAUGCUAAAUGCACAAAGAAUCAUCCAGGGAUGUCCUAAUUUAUUAGAAGCCAACAGGCAUCUGAUUAGAGUACAAGAUGUAUCCCAGUUUAGCUGCUGUUCUGAGGAAAUCUGUGUUUCAUUCAGGCUCUAUGAACACAUCAGCGAUCUUAGCCUCUUUCUUUUCAACGAUGCACUUGUUAUUUCAAACCGUAGCAUCUCUUAUAUUCCGUUUGAACGGACCCCAAAAACAACUUACCAGUUCUUGGCAUCAGUAGCUCUUCACAGGCUUGUUGUAGAAGACAUUCCACAUUCAAAAUAUAUAAAGAAUGCAUUUAUUUUACAAGGCCCAAAACGCCAAUGGAUUUGUUCUAUAGAGGAUGAAGAUGAUAAAUUUACAUGGCUAUCUGCACUACAAAGGGCAAUCAACUGUAGCAUUGAAAAGAAUUGAGAUUCAUCUUAGUGUUUCAGAUGCCCAACUCCUGUAGUGCGCACUGAUUAUUUGUGAACAGAUUUUUGUGCAGUUUCCUACUGAGGACUUUUGCUCAAAUUCCGCACCUUACCAAGAAGUUAGCAUUCCUUUUGAUAGUGGCUCAGAGAGUACCAUCGUGUGUGUGCGCCUCAGACUGCAGAAACUUACAGUAGAAUCAGCACUCAUUGUCGACCUGUAAGACUGAUCCUUUUUUGAAAAGAUCACACUACUACAAUCCAUUUAGUCUUCAGAACUUAACGCAAAAUCCGCACAAUAUGACUUAAUGGCCUUCAUAAAGAUCUUCACUGUAUGACAAACCGGAAGAAAGCUGCUAAUUCAUCGAGAAUCUGCUAUGAAAAGGGCUUUAGAUUUUCUCCACUGAUUGCACGAGGGGACAACACUACAGUUCGGUUAUGGGUAACAAGACAUUUUAACUGGUAUAUUCUCAGUAUACUACCCAUUAAGUCCUUAUAUCAUAGUUUCAAAGGGCAUUAAGGAGAUAGAAACAUUUUACUUUUUUGCAAUUUUUAUUAAAGACCAAAGUCCUGGAUUUUCACAUAAUUCCUCACUGAGUGAAAACUGUACUAAAAAAUUAGUACAGCAAUAUGAAUAAUAAAGUAUACAGGCUCUGGGAAAUAAAAAUAAGUUGUUAGAUGUUACAAAGGCAUAGCUUUUGGAAGUGUAACUCUGUAGCUGAAAAUGAAAUCACCCAGCAAGGACUGCUGUAGAAGGUAUUUAAGCACCAUAGUAACAAGAAUAGGUAAGUUACGUUUAGAAUUUACAUGAACGAACAGCUCAUUAUCUUUCCCCUAGAAUUACUAUUUGUUCUGGCUCUGUUCUUACAUUUAAGAAUCUAAUGUCAAGGAAUUCUCGCAAUUUGUUUUCAUGGAAUAGAAAUGUGUUCAUUAAAGGUUAGGACAUACAAUGCUUCGAACACUACUUCUCAAGAACUUCCUUCUCAGUAAAAUGAUGAGAUUUUGUGCUUACUAUUAACAAGCAGAUUAAGACAAAUUCUUCUGUAAGUGUAUUUUGGUAAGUUAUUUUUAGGGCUUGUCUACACAGCAAGUUACUGCACCGCAAGCCAAGGUGCGAAUCUGCAGCGUUCCAGCUUGCUGCUCAGGAACGUCCAAUACGGACAUUACCACAGUGCUGUGAAACUCCCAAGGGCGGGUGAGCCUACUGCUACCUCAAAGAGCAGUACCACUCUAGAACUUUCAUUGCACUGUAGCAGUGACCACGCAGGACGUUACGGAGGGGUAAGCUGGUGCACUAUAGAUCACACCCUGGCUUGCAACAGAGGAACUUGCUAGGUAUAGAAGCCCUUAGCGAAUAAGACUUAUGAGCACACAAUAGAGGUGGGAGGAGAAGUGUAUCUCAACCUACCAAGGCCCAAAUGAAGAACAGAAUGUUUGGCAGACUCAAUGAAGGACAGAAAUUAUUCAUGUAGGAAAUUUAAAAAUGCUGUGGAUUCAUUCCUUUAGUAUAACUAACUUUUUAUAACCUUCAUUUUGUAAUCUCUAGUCUGGAUGUCAGAUGUAUUUUUCAGUAAUAAGUGAUAAAAAUCCAGUCCAUGUAAGACGGAAUUGGUGCCUUUGGGAUGAAAAUGAGGGACCCUUGAAAUGGACAAGAAAAAACAGGAAGAAUAAUUUAUUACACUGACAGUCUUUUUAAAGUAGCACUGCCUUUAAAAAAAGGCUUUUCACAUAUUCAAUUUUAUUUUGUAGAUAAACAGACAUGGGAGAGGACAAUGAAUGGGUAUUGAGGGGGAAAAAGCAACAGUUCCAGCACUUGGAAUGGUGGAAGAAAAGAGACAAAUUAGUAGAGAGAAAAGAUGGGGGGGGGGGAGG